GCUAUACAUAUUUCAUCAUUCGCAACUUAAGUUCACUGAAAAUGUUGAAGGGCUGCACAUUAAAAGUACUUGAUGUUAGAAUUCUACAGCGCUACAUUGAAUCAAGCUGCCAGCAGCAGAUCAGGACGCGUAACUAUACCGAUGGCAUCCAGCGCUCCUACAUAACGUUCAAUGAUUUUCGCAACAAAAACCGUUCUUACACCAAAAAGGAGCUCGUCGGUUACUCAAUGCAGGACAUGUACAGCGUGGUCUCGGAUGUCAGCAACUAUCACAAGUUUGUGCCCUAUGUCAAGAAAUCGCACGUGCACAGCACACACGGCGGCGGCUUCAAGGCGGAUCUGAUUGUGGGCUUUCCGCCGCUGAACGAGGCAUACACAUCGCGGGUAACUUUGGAGCCGCCCAGCCUGGUCAAGUCGGAGUGUCAUGAUGGCCGGCUGUUCAACUACCUCCUCAACGAAUGGCGCUUCAGUCCCGGCCUCAAGGACAUACCCAAUUCGUGUGUGCUAGACUUUAGGGUAGCGUUCGAGUUCAAAUCCUUGCUGCACAGCAAUAUUGCCAACAUAUUCUUCGAUCUGAUCUGCGAUCAAAUGGAGAGCGCAUUCAUCCUGGAAGUCGGUCGACGCAGCGGCCCACCCUCCAUACGCUCGCAUGUGCUCAAAGCGAGGCGAUCCUGACAAACGACCCCAACGACGCGAAACAUGUCUCUCCAUGCUGUCUAGUUAAAUAUUGUAUUUAGUAAAUGGAAAAAAAAAACACAAACAAACAAUUAUGUUGACA